CAGCAGCAUUCUUUCUUUGACCUCCAGUCCUGGCACGGUGUUAUUCAGGAAAAAAAGGAAAAAAAAUAAAAAUAAAAUAAAAUAAAAUAUUAUUGCAUUGCUUGAGAAUCUGCGAUCUUGUGCAACGUCUAAUCCCCCUUGCUGUUGUAUGACAGCGCAAGAUGGGCCGCUCGUUUCGAUUUCUCCGCUUUCCGCGGCCACAGACAUUUCUCUAUGUUAUGAGCCUACAGACGGGCGCGUCGCUUAUUACCCUUUCCCUCCUCCUUAACAAAGUCAGCGGACUGUACGGCCUCCUCGCCAUUCUUACCGGUUUCCGCCUUUCUCCUUUCCAGCUAUCGAUGUACAUAUACUCCAUCCUUGCCCUCGUUCUAACCGCAUUUUUGGCGCCGCACAUUCGGAAACAGACGCCUUUCUACUGCCUGGCCCUGGCAUGGUUUUAUCUCCUGGACAGUCUGAUCAAUGCCGCGUACACAGCUGCCUUUGCGGUGACAUGGUUCCUUGUUAUCUCACAGCACCACCAUUCUGCGCCACCGUCUGGUCCGGGCAGCUCGACCAUGGGCGAUACGGCCGGGUUCACCAAUCCGAAAUUCAACGUCUCGUCCGUUCACGUCGCACCUGGAGACGGUACCUUUGCUUCUACGGAGCCUGCAUCCGCCCCCGCCGGAGCCGUCGAUGGACUCGAUGGGAAGCCAAGCCUAGGGAAUGGUGUCCUUCAACCGGAGGGCCUUCAGAGCAUUGGGGUUAUUUGCACGCUGUGGACAAUCCGCGUCUACUUCGUCCUGGUGAUGAUGGCUUUUGCGAGACAAUGCCUCCGACAGCAUGCUUUCAGCCCCAGAUCUCCACUUUCUCGCCACGGUUCAGCUGCUCAUAGUCGCAACCCAUCCACUGUGAGUAAUAUCGAACUGGAGCCGAAUCCAUUCUCUGCUCGACUGCCAGAUGGACAAGGAUGGAAAGGCAAGCUGGGCCGUGCUAUGAUUUCCGUUGGUCGGAGGUACUGGCUCGAUGGAGACGAUGACGAUGGUUGGAUGUUUGGUCUAAACCGAAAAUUCCAUCGGAACCGUGGAUUUUUCAAUUCUUCGGAUGGCGGGCUCAGCGAGCGCGAGCGGCGGCGACGGUCAGGGACUGGCCCUCCAGUUCCAUCUCAGUCCGUGCUGCAACACAUCGCCCUGCACCAGGGUGCAGCAGCCCAGGAUGCCAACAAGCUCCCGCCGCCGGGGAACCCACAAGUACCGAAAUCACAAAAUGCACCGGAAGGCAACCCUUGGUAGCCUUUUGAUAUAUUAGCUGCGAUACGUUAUUGAAUGUGAUGGAUGUUUCGGAUUUCACAACAUCCCGGAUGAACUCUUUUGGUCUGGUACUAUUGGCAUUUGGCAUGAUCGUUCUGCAUAUAUCUGCGUACGUGCGUACAUACAUGGUGGCUUUACCCUCCUAUGUGAAACGACUGCAACAACCGGUGGAGUGAUUUUAUGUGAUUUUUUGGGUGCAUACCACUUUAAGUGUUUUUCAAUUUCAGCAGCGCUGGUCGUCGAAAUCUAGUUUCGUGCGAUAAACUGAAAAGAAAAAGCUGACAAUUUCGAAUGAAACAGGGCGGCCCGGCGGCGCCUUUAAUGCCCCUGCUCAGCGGGAGUGUUCUAUAAACGGUUGUGGCUCCUUUUUUUUUUUUUUUUUCCCCUUCCCCCAAUCAGAUUGAUACAUAUUAUUCCUGGGUUCUUGUGUUGAAUUCGAAGUGGUUAUGAUGGACGUUGGCGUGACACCUGGCGUUGGUCCGGGGUUGAGGCAUAUACCGUGCGUUACUUAGGGGAGUGUGACAUGGGCCACGGCUGUUUUCUGGGUUGAUUGAAUAAUAUGUUGUUGAAUCUGCGGUUCGGUUGAACCCGCCUUAAUGAGAUGUCUCGGAAGAUGUGGAGUGCUUUGGGAAAUGCUCUGAGACGUAUUCUACGGAUUACAAUCUAGAUA